ACAAAAAAUGUAUAAUCAUCAUUAUAAUUAUAUUAUUUUAUUAAUAUUUCUAAUCAGUUUAUCUUUUAUAAAUUGUAAUGAAAAAAAUUGGAAACAAAAAGAUAUUCGUGAUUAUAAUGAUGCCGAUCUUGAACGUCUUUUUGAUCAAUGGGAAGAAAAUGAAGAACCAUUACCUGAAGAUGAAUUACCCGAACAUUUACGUAAAUCACCACAAUUAGAUAUGACAAAAAUGGAUUUUUCAAAUCCAGAAAAUGUUUUAAAAUUAAGUAAAAAAGGUAAAACAUUAAUGGCAUUCGUUUCGGUUGAUGAAAUGCCAACACGUGAUGAAACCGAAACAAUAACAUCAUUAUGGCAAUCAAGUUUACAAAAUAAUCAUAUUAUUUGUGAUCGUUUUAUUGUUGAUGAUAAUCGUGCUAUAUUUAUGUUUAAAGAUGGUUCACAAGCAUGGGAUGCUAAAGAAUUUCUUAUCAAACAAAAACGUUGUAAAGAUGUUACAAUUGAAAAUAAAGUUUAUCCGGGUAUAUAUUCAAAACAGGAGAAGGAAGAAUUAUAAUUCGAAAAUUUUUUAUUAACUUGUAAUGUUUUUUUUUUGCUGUUGAAAUAAUAAUAAAAUUAUACAAAUUUUUUCUUUGA